CUGGCUUUCGCACUCGGCAUUGGUCUUGGAGCUAACGAUGUGUCGAAUACGUUUGGCACAUCUGUCGGAAGUGGUGUCCUUACACCACCACAGGUUCGUAUUUUGCACGAGAGAUUUUUGAAAAUUGAAGCCUAUGCUUACACAUUGGCUAGUAUAUUUAUCACGUUGGGAUCGAUACUGAUAGACGAAUCCUUCACAAUAAAACACAUUGGUCUGGUCUUUUUUCCUAGCGAUCACACCUCUUUUUCUGCACGGCAGUUCCUUCUUAAAGGUUGGUCCGUUACGGAUAUGAUGAGGAAAGGAGUCGUGGAUGUUACGGAAUACCUUCGGCACCCUGACGAACUCAUGCUAGGACAGGUAGCCAUCCUUGGCGGGACAGCUGCCUGGCUGGGAAUAACCACAGCAGUCCAAAUGCCGGUGUCGACUACACAUGCUUUGAUGGGAUCAACGUUGGGUUUCUCUCUGGUACUGCGUGGAACGGAAGGAGUGAACUGGGAUGAAAUCCUCAAGAUAACGUCAACAGUGGUUGAAAUCGACGCUGUUCGUCAAUCCUCAUUUAAGACCGUUCAACUGAAUACACCGACCAAAGUCAGUGAAUUUAGUGGAAGCGAUAGCGUGCUCUCAGUUAUUGGAUGUAAUGAGGUUAGUAGCUACUCAGGACUUCGUUCAAUCAUCAAAUGGUUGUUACCGGAUGUGACAAGAAUAGAUGACGAGAAGACAGUACAGUUGUUCAGUUCAAUUCAGGUCUUCACGGCAUGUUUUGCUGGGUUUGCUACUGGUGCGAACGAUGUCAGUUUCAAGACCUAUGAAGUUUCGUUAAGCAAUGUGAUUGCUCCGGUAGCCACUUUGGUUGCGAUCUAUAAAGACAAGAGUGCUAAGCAAGACGCCGAGGUUCCUAUCUAUGUGCUGCUCUAUGGUGUUGUGGCGAUCUGUAUCGGUUUGUGGACACUCGGUUACCGAAUCAUAAGCACUGUCGGCAGCAGGGUUUCCCAUAUCAAUCCGGCAAGUGGUUUCACCAUUGAAUUCGGUGCUGCGAUGACGACUUUGAUUGCGAGCAAAUUCGGACUGCCAAUUAGUACUACACAGUGCCUGGUCGGGUCCGUGGUGUUUGUUGGAAGUGUGAGAUCAGGUGAAGGUGUCAACUGGACGGUGUUUCGGAACAUCGUUAUUACCUGGCUUUCAACAUUACCCGCAUCAAGUCAGUACUGA